AUGGCGUCCGCGAGUGUUGCCUACAUAUCUGCGUCGACGAAUAGACAUUCUCAUGCUGCAGAUGCUUCUACAAGCUCUCUGAUAGCCUUCGGCUGCGCCAAGUUAGUUGCGUUGUGGGAUGUCCAGGAUGAGUAUGACCGCGGGGUGUAUGAGACUCUACCUGGGCACGAGGGUCUUGUCACUUGCGUACGUUUCAUCCAGGAUGACCGUUUCGUUAGCGCGGAUGACAAGGGUGUAAUGAGGUUGUGGACCAAGAAAGGCACACAGUGGAAGUCAAGCUGUGUCACGCAGGCACAUCAGAAAGCUGUCUCCGCGCUAGCAGCGCUCGAUGAGAUUGUGGUAACAGGAGCCUCUGACUCUUCGGUCAAGGUUUGGAGUCUUGCGUCAAGAAAUGAGUCAGAUGCAUUCGACGAAGUGCAAACCAUUCCGUUAAGAGGGGAGUACCCCCUCUCGCUCGCAGUCUCCACUUUGCCGCAAACACAAGCUACUAUUCUUGCCAUUGGUGGCACCGACAGGCAUAUUCAGAUAUGGACUCGAUCCGAAGACUUGUUUGUAUCGUCUGUCGUGCUUUCCGGGCACGAAGAUUGGAUCAAAGGUCUUGCUUUCCGACAGCCUGUAUUGGAUGACCAACCUCUCAUCCUGGCCUCUGGCUCUCAAGAUGCGACAAUUCGACUGUGGAAUGUAGAGCCGUUCACCAAGAAACCCACGGAAGCUACUCCUUCGGCUCCCGAGAACGACUUGAGUGGCGAAUUGCUUGACGCGUUCGAAGUCUCCUUGGGAGAUCUCACUGACGCAGAAGAGGGUGGUCGCCAAAUCUCUCUGAAGCGCCAUAUUUUGACAGUGAAGAGUCAAAAUGGUGCGCUGCAGUACUCCAUCACAUUCGAUGCUCUCCUUGUUGGUCACGAAGCCGGUGUAACUUCGCUCUCCUGGCGUCCCCGUUCUCCUUCAACCUCUGUCCCGACACUUUUGUCCACCUCAACCGAUUCCUCCCUCAUUCUCUGGUCUCCUUCCACAAUCAUCACGCCAACGACAGAUGGAUCGUCCUCAAUAUGGAUUAACAGACAACGAUUUGGCGACGUAGGAGGCCAGAGACUAGGAGGUUUCGUUGGUGGGCUUUGGACCUGUGGUGGUUUCGAAGCAUCUGCGUGGGGUUGGAGUGGUGGAUGGAGACGCUGGCGGUGCAGUGCUACCGAUGAAAAUGCCGAAAGUGGAGUGCCGAGUAAUCACAACGAGGAUUGGGGCGAAGUUGGUGCCAUCAGCGGGCACAACGCCGCAGUCAGAGGUCUUUCGUGGAGUCCAAAUGGCGAAUACCUGAUAUCUGCUGGGCUUGACCAGACAACUCGGAUUCAUGGAGAAGUCCGGACUUCAGACAAAGAUGGCUCAUCCGUUCCAGUAUGGCAUGAACUCGCUCGUCCUCAAGUCCAUGGGUAUGACCUUGUUGGGGUCGCGUUCAUAGACGCCCUACGUUUUGUCAGCAUCGCAGACGAGAAAGUUGCCCGUGUUUUCGAAGCACCACGCGAGUUCGUCGAUGUCAUCAACAAUUUAGGCACAGCUCAUUUUGGGGUGGAAGAGAACGAAAGACCGCGGGCGGCCACCGUUCCCCCCCUCGGUUUGUCAAACAAAGCUGUGAGCGAAGUCAAUUCUCAGUCCGAAAGGCUUAACGAUUGGCAUGAUGCCGAUCGCACAAGAAGGCGACCGUUCGAGGGAGAGCUGGCCGCGAUCACUCUCUGGCCAGAGAUUGAGAAGGUCUUCGGCCACGGUUACGAAUCUAUAGCAUUAGCUGUUUCCAGUUCCAAGAAAUUGACUGCGACAGCAUGUAAGGCCACAAGCCCCGAGCACGCUGUUAUUCGUGUCUAUGAUACGGAUAAAUGGCAGCCGAUGGGAUUACCAUUGGCAGGUCAUGCAUUAACGGUGACCCAGAUUGCGUUCAGUCCGGACGACAGAUUCAUUCUUUCAGUAUCCCGAGAUCGCUCAUGGCGCCUGUUUGAGAGGAACGGAGAAGACGGAUAUGCCCCAAUUACGGCCGAUAAAUCGCAUUCUCGCAUAAUAUGGGACUGUGCUUGGGCGCAUGAAGGCGACAUCUUUGCUACGGCGUCUCGCGAUAAAACUGUCAAGAUAUGGCAUCCUAAAGAUACAAGUUCCUGGGAUAAGUGGACUGCUGUAGCGACCAUAAAGACCAAAGAGGCUGCAACCGCCAUCGGAUUUUCAACUGUAAAUGCUGACAACAGACGCAGACUGGCUGUAGGGCUCGAAUCUGGGGGGAUUCUUAUAUACUCGUCUGCUGAAGCGGACGCAACAGAAUGGAGGCUUGACCUGACCAUGAACUCUUGCAUCGCACAUGUGGAUCAAAUCCACCGUCUAAUAUGGCGACCAUACAGUGAUAACUUGGAACUAGCAAGCUGCAGCGAAGAUAGUACAUUGAAGAUACUCACUGUCCGUAUUACGACAGGAUAG